CACAAUAAACUAAAUGAUGUCAAUAAAUAAAGCAGCUUCAUAGCACUCUGACCUUUCAUCUUAUUAAGGGCUUUGAAAAAAGUAAUUUUUGAAUAUAAUAAGUAGUGGGGGGGAAUUAAAGAAUCUACAUUUAUGAAUGAAAUAUUUUGCUAAUAUUACAAUGUUAUUAAGCAAAUCAAAGAGUAUCUGUAUCACUUUAACGCAGCGAUGUGACGUCAUAAGCGUGCGCCCAAACUCGACGAGGUGUACCGGCUUAAUGUAAGAGUCGCGUGAGGCGAACCGGAUAAAACGCGUUUAUAGGCGCAAUUAAAACAAUAAAAACAGUUUUACGGGCAAUUUAUUUUAUUAGGAAAUAAUCGGCGGUUUGUAAAGGAGAGCGAUGCAGCGCUUGUUUUGUUCCAGGUGGAUCAUCUCAGGUGUGUCCUUGGCGGUCGGUACCGGAAUCGGUGUUGCUCUGAGCGGCGCUUCCGACCGCUUUCACGGUGAAAACAACCUGCUCCGAAAAAUCCCCGUCAUCCCGAUACCGAGCGUGAACGCCGCGUCGGAACUUCUCCCGUAUCCGCAGGCUCAGCUCACCCCGAGCAAAUCCACCGCCGCGGUGAAAUACGGCUUCCCGUCUCUGUCACAUAUCCGAUCACGGGAGUCCCAUGUCACGUGUUACGACGCGCGGAACAGGACCCCGGCGUGGGUGAUCGAGCAGCUCAAUGCGGGCACUCUGAGCGGGACAUCCGACCGGAAGCUGUGCGACUUUAAGGAGGAUGACUCGGUGCAUGUUUACCACCGAGCGACAAACAGCGACUACAGGGGGAGCGGAUUCGACAGGGGUCACCUGGCCGCCGCAGCCAAUCAUAAAUGGAGCCAGAAAGCCAUGGAUGACACCUUCUACCUCAGCAACGUAGCACCACAGAAUCCACACCUAAACCAGAACGCAUGGAACAAUUUGGAGAAGUACUGCCGCUCUCUCACGAAGCACUACGAGAACGUGUAUGUGUGUUCGGGGCCGCUUUAUUUGCCCAGGCAGGAGCUUGAUGGAAAGAUGUAUGUGAAGUAUCAGGUGAUCGGGAAGAACCAUGUGGCAGUCCCCACACACUUCUUUAAGGUUGUGAUUCUGGAGAAGAAGCAUGGCGAGGUGGAGCUGCGACCGUACGUGAUGCCUAACGCACCUGUCGAUGAGAAGAUCCCGCUCGAACGAUUCCUGGUGCCCAUCGAGAGCAUAGAGAGAGCCUCGGGUCUUCUGUUUGUUCCUAACAUCCUUAAGAGGACCAACAACCUGCAGGCCAUUAGUGCCAAGGCGUGAUCAUCUCUACACACACGUACACACACAUAUGGUACAUUUGCUGUUAAGCAAUUAUAUAAUGAAUUAUGAAAAUUUAUGAUGUUGCUACAAAAUUAUGGAUUAAUCACUGACUACUACAGAAAAAAACUGCAGCUACUGUAUCAGGAUUUGAAGCAUAAACAUCAAAGAUUCAUAUAUUACUUUUUAUCUGUAAAACUGUCAAUUGUAAAGAAUGUUUUAAUAAAAAUAUUUUAACAGCU